AUGUCUUCGCAGCCGCCACAUCCUACCCUGCUUAUUCCCGGCCCCAUUGAGUUUGACGAUGCUGUCUUGCAAUCCAUGUCUCAUUUUGCUGAGAGCCAUGUUGGACCAGCAUUUGUGAAAACGUUUGGCGAAUCAUUAACCCUUGUCCGCAAGCUCUUUCAGAGCAUCUCCCCCGCCGCCCAACCGUUUAUCCUCGCUGGCUCUGGCACCCUUGGUUGGGACUUCGUGGCCUCCAACCUUAUCGAACGUGGCCAGGAAGCCCUUGUCCUUCACAGCGGAUAUUUUGCGGACUCCUUUGCUUCUUGCCUUGAGACAUAUGGCGUUAAAGCUACUCAGUUGAAGGCUCCCAUCGGCGAUCGACCCUCAUUGGCAGACAUUGAACAGGCAUUGAAGCUUGCAGACUAUAAAAUCAUCACAAUUACUCAUGUAGAUACCUCGACCGGUGUCCUCAGUGACAUUAAGGCUGUCGCUGAGCUCGUUCAACGCGUCAGUCCCAACACUCUCAUUGUCGUUGAUGGCGUUUGCAGUGUUGGCUGUGAAGAGAUCGCUUUCGAUACAUGGGGUAUCGACGUUGUGGUCACUGCCAGCCAAAAGGCAAUUGGUUGCCCACCAGGCCUUAGCAUUGUAAUGUGCUCUGGCCGAGCGUUAGAAAGAUUCAAGAGCCGCCAAUCGCCGCCAUCCAGCUACUACGCCUCUAUGGCUAACUGGCUUCCUAUUAUGCAAAAUUAUGAAGCUGGUAAACCCUCCUACUUCGCGACUCCUGCUACACAGCUCAUUCACGCACUCCAUACCUCCCUCACUCAAAUCUUCUCUAAACCGCUCUCUGAACGCUUUGCUGCACACCGAGCUAUGUCCCAGCGUGUUAAGAGCGCCGUGGCCGAACUUGGUCUUCAUCAAUUGGCCACAAAGCCAGAAAAUCAAUCCAAUGCUAUGACAGCCAUUAGACUGCCAGAAGGGUUAACCCCGGCAGAUAUUUUGCCGAUUCUUGGCAAAAAGGGCAUUGUGUUUGCAGGAGGUUUGCAUAAGGAGAUUGCAAGUAAAUACAUUCGCUUCGGCCACAUGGGCGUCAGUGUCAUGGACCCUGCUAGAGAUGAUAUCGAGAAGGCUAUUCAGGCAUUGAAAGAAGCUUUUGCGGAGGUGGCUAAAUAG